AUGGCGCUGGACAUCUCCAUGCGGCUUCUGAGUGGAGCACUAUUGACAGAGCGGGAAGUUGCACCAGACAUGACGAUUGCGGAGCUCAAGAAGGAGAUGCAAAGGUGGAACCCAUGCAAGGAUGAAGCCAUGCGCAGACUUACCGUCGUCGACUUGGUCUUCGGAAGCAGGUACCUGGAUGACAAGGAGAGGGUUGACGAGAUCGGCUUGCUUCCGGGGGCAGAGGUUCAAGUGAUUUUCGGGCAUGUGGAACCAGUGACCUGCGCACAUAAAGACGAGGCAGGUUGCGAUGCUAGUUCAUUGACUUUCGUGCGCAUUCCUCCGGGAGUACGAAGCAUUCGGCCUGGGGCCUUCCAGAAUUGCAGCUCCUUGGUACGGGUGAUCAUCCCAGAUUCCGUGACCUCCAUCGGGAAUGACGCUUUUCGACAUUGUCACUCUUUGAUCAGCGUGGUCAUACCACCUUCCGUCAUCCGCAUCGCUCAUGCAGUUUUCAACAAUUGUCAUUCACUAAAAUCUUUGAUCAUACCGGAGACGGUGCGCACAAUUGGACCAGGUGCAUUCAAGGGCUGCACGUCUUUGACGUUGACCAUCUCAGCAUCUCUGUUCAGCAGUUUGUCUGGCUUCAAUGACUGCAGAAUCAACACGAAAGAAUGCAGAUGUCGAGAAUGUAACCUGGAGUGGUUUGAGCACGGAUGGGUCUGUCCUGCAACAUGGCGGCGGUGGCAACGAGGUGAAUACCACCAGUACGUUACUAUGAUAAGCACAAUUUAUUUUUGA